AAGGACCCUCCAUGAUUAUCUCUUCCUCACAUUAUUCCAUUAUAACAACAAAAUUGUAGUUUCUUCUACAGAAAAGAAAAUAAAAAGACAUGUUGGCUAUAUUUCACAAGGCUUUUGCUCACCCACCUGAGGAGCUUCAUAGUCCUUCAUCUUACAAUAGUACUAAGAGGCCUAAGCUUCCUGAGGAAACUCUCAAUGAGUUCCUUUCUCAUCAUCCUCAUAAAACUUUCUCCAUGACCUUUGGUGAUGCAGCUGUGCUUGCUUAUGUUCUGCCUGACCGCCCUUACUCACUUCAUCAAAGGUUGUUCUGUGGAUUGGAAGAUAUAUAUUGCCUCUUCUUGGGGAGCUUGAAAAACCUUUGUUCACUGAAUAAGCAGUAUGGUCUAUCAAAGGGCGCUAAUGAGGCCAUGUUUGUGAUCGAGGCAUAUCGUACACUUCGAGACCGGGGUCCAUACCCGGCUGACCAAGUUGUCAAGGAUCUUGAAGGGAGCUUUGCCUUUGUUGUCUAUGAUAGUAAGGCUGGAACUGUCUUUGCUGCACUGGGUUCUGAUGGUGGAGUUAAGCUGUACUGGGGCAUUUCAGCUGAUGGCUCUGUAGUGAUUUCUGAUGAUUUGGAGGUCAUAAAAGCCGGCUGUGCCAAAUCAUAUGCUCCUUUCCCAACAGGGUGUAUGUUCCACAGUGGGGGAGGAGGAUUGAUGAGCUUUGAGCAUCCAAUGAACAAGCUGAAGGCAAUGCCAAGGAUAGACAGUGAAGGGGCCAUGUGUGGGGCCAGUUUCAAGGUUGAUAAGUACACAAGGGUCAACAGCAUUCCUCGUGUUGGAAGUGAAGCUAAUUGGAGCCUUUCCGACUCUCAAUAGCUUAGCUGCUGAAUCAUAUGUAUAUAUAUAAAUAUAUAUAUAUAUAUUCAUGUUGUGUGUCUGUCUCUCUCACCAUAACUAAAGUCUUAAACCACUGGUUUUGGGGCAUUUUGUGACAAAAA